CCUCCGUAGACUUGGCGUGAUGUGCCAUUGAAUUUUCUCUGCCCGUCCGAUCGAUCAGUAUCAAAGUCUGAGGACCCCAACCGAGCACUUUACUCCCGUCCAAUUCAUUAUCCGGUUGCAUAGAACCAAUACAGUAGAAUUAUCAUUUGAUAUCAUCAACAUUAUCCGAAAUACCUCAGCAGCCAUCGCCGAAGUUUCUUUACUUAGCUACAACCAUGUCGUUCACCAACGAUCUCAGCGAUUCGUCGUCCUCGUCGGAUCCCCUCGACACCAUGGACGAUGAAGGCUGGGAAGACGUCGAGCCGGAUGAGGAAUCUGCUACGGUACUGUCGCUUUUUGACGACAAGACAUUCCCCGAUGCCCGGAGCAUGCUGUCCUACAGCCGAGACCAACAUGGUUUCGAUAUCUGGAAGCUGAGGAAAGACUUUGACCUCGAUUUUCUCGGCACCAUCAAACUGGUCAACUAUAUCCGGUCAGAAGUCCAGGCCGGCAAAACUCAACCGGAUGUGUCGUCCAAGUCGCUCUUCGACGACGACAAAUAUCUCAAGCCGACCUUGGAGAACGACGCACUGCUGUACAGUCUAGACGAUGUUUUUGAUGACGCUGGAAGUCUUGGUCCAGCCAGCGAAGUCGAACAACUUCGAGAACAGCUGGCGAACUUGCAAUCCCAUUUCACUGCAUAUCGCGAAGAGGUGCAGAAAGCCAUGUUGGAGCGAUUAGACUCGUCGGAGAUGACAGCAGCAGCAACAGGAUCAUCUACUGACGCCAAAUCUCAGCCUGCUGGCAAUGCAAACGUCAAAGGGACUGGGUCUGGGUCCGGGUCUCUCGACAACGACUAUUUCAAGUCGUACUCGUACAACGGGAUCCAUGAAUCCAUGAUCAAAGAUCGAAUCCGGACCGACGCAUACCGCGAUUUCAUCUACGAGCACAAGGACCUGUUCAAAGACAAGGUUGUGCUCGACGUGGGCUGCGGAACGGGUAUCUUGUCCAUGUUUUGCGCCAAAGCCGGUGCCAAGCUGGUCGUUGCGGUCGACAAUUCGGACAUCAUUGACAAGGCCCGUGAGAACGUGUUCCGUAACGGUCUGCAAGACACGGUCAAGUGUCUGAGAGGCAAGAUCGAGGAAGUCACCCUGCCGGUGUCUCAAGUCGACUUGAUCGUGAGUGAAUGGAUGGGAUAUUGUCUAUUGUAUGAAUCGAUGCUUGACUCGGUCAUCUAUGCGCGGGACAAGUAUCUCGCUCCUGAUGGCCUGAUGGUGCCGUCUCAUGCAAGUCUGUGGGUUGCGCCGCUGGCCGACUCCGACUUAAAGGCCUCACACAUUGAUUUCUGGCGUGACGUUUACGGAUUCGACAUGAGUGCGAUGCUGGAGCGGGUGCAUGAUGAAGUUGUUAUUCGCGUUGUCGACGACAAAGAACUAGCCGCCGACAGUUGCACGUUCCUCGAACUCGACCUGCAUAAGACGACGGUGCAAGAUCUGUCAUUCACCAAACCGUUCAGAACGACGUGGAAGGAAGGGUUUAAGCUGCUCGAAGGGUUCGUGAUCUGGUUCGACAUCAUUUUUGACACCUCUCGAACCAGCGGCGGCUUUAGGCCUGGCAUGACGGCCGCCGAUGCAAAACAAAAGGGUCUCGUUUCGUUUUCGACAGGGCCGUAUUCCGAGUCUACCCAUUGGCAGCAGGGGAUAUUGCUGAUCAAGGAUCCGAAAGACGAGUUCCAAGCUGGAGAGGUGGUGUGUGGUGAAAUCAAGUAUGAGAAGAAGGAAGGGCGAGAACGGUCCCUGGAGAUCGAAGUCUCCUGGUCGAAAGGAGAGCAAAGCGGCAAGCAGGAAGCCAAGAAGCAGAUGUGGGUGCUUGAUUGAUCAAAUGCUUGGAUAACGAAAGAGCCAGGGUUCCAACGUUAAUGUUGAGGCGGGCUUGGUCACCCAAUGAACUCCGCAAAGGCGAGGUUGGCCGACGUUUGACUCCUGGACUGUUUGUUGGAGCUGUUCUGGAAUGAAGCUGGAGGUCUGCGACCACUGCCAGGCCACUGAGCAUAAUGUUUCCACCGGAAAGAGCCAGCUCCUGACCGGACUCUACUAGUCCUACAGAUCACAGACGCGCUGUGGGUUUGUGCCAGAUACCUGUUCGACAUGACCCUGCACUUUAAGUUCUGACAACAUUUCAUGCAACAUAUGUAUGCAUUGUUCAAGGCCGUUCAGAUCAGCCUUUAGGUCUACCAUAUCAGCCUGCAUUUGGGCGUGAAAUCUUGUGCUAGCCUCUUGUAGCGGUUCCACGGCUCUGCGGAUGCCUUCAUUUCUCCUAUGCCUCUGUUGCCUAAAUAAUUCAGAAAUGGCCGAGAUUGUUUGCUGAGGUAGUAAGCCGUCAAGACCAGAAGUAUCAAUGUCACUAUCGUCAUCC